CGGCUCCGCCAAUUCCCAACCCCACGAUCCCGUCAUCCUCCCAUCCAGAUCCCCUCCCGGUUCGGGAAGAACCAGGACCAGACCAUCCACGAUGAGACCCGCCGGAAACUAGAAAGGAUCUCUGGAGGGUUUACCGCUGUGAGGUGGGGGGUCGCUUAUGGGAGUGGGGUGUUCGAUCAGGUGGGAUAUGCUAGUCGGGGGUUGAACGGGAUCCCCAGCCCGGACUCUACUACGAAAACUAGGAAAGAACAACCUCUGGUGGAUUUCUUGUUCUCUACCUCCCACCCUUCGCAUUUCCACGCGAUCAACCUCCAAAAGAACCCUGAGCAUUACCCGAGGUUGUUCAGGUGGUUAGGACCCGAAGCGAUCGCACGGGUACAAGAAUGGGGAGGAGGGGUGUGGUUCGUGACCGAUGUCGACACCGUCCGUAUAAAAUACGGGAUCAUCUCCACCGACGCCCUGUGUACGGAUUUGCUCGAUUGGACGACGUUGUACGUCAGCGGACGGUUACACAAGCCCGUGAGGAUCGUCAAGGGAGCGGCGGAUCGGAGGGUUUUGGUCGCUGCGCAGGUGAACUUGACUUCGGCGCUCCGGGUCGCGCUCUUGCAGCUGCCAGAGACGUUUACGGAGAGGGAGUUGUGGGAACAGGUCGCUGGGAUCAGUUAUUCCGGCGACCCCAGGAUGUCGAUCCCCGGCGCAGAGAACCCGCACAAAGUGAAAAACAUCGUCGCUCCCCAAAUGCACCGUUUCCGAGGUCUGUACGGCCGGUUAUUGAGCGGAAUGGGAGGGGUCAGACCUGCAGACGAGGAGAAGCAAGACAAAAGCAUCUCUUACCGGGCCGACCUCUUAUCGAAACUCCCUCGGACGCUCAGAAGAUCGAUCGCCACCCAUUACUGCACUCAGUUCAAUGUGCAGAUGCUGAAACCGGGUGAAGAGCCGCAAGAAGGAGGACCGACGGCUUUGACAGGGGACGAUUUUUGGAAAAAGGUCGCUGGGGUCGACGAGGCGGAUUUGCGGGCGGUCUUGAGUCGGGCGCUCAAGGGGAUCAUGGGGAAACCGGCUUUGAGGCAGAGCUUCAAGGGAUUGUUGACGGCUGGGUUCAGCAAGAGCAUGGUUUACGCCGGUCGCAAGGUCGGCAAGUGGUGGAAGGCCAAGGUGAGCGACGGAUCGCCUUGA